ACUGAUUCAUUAUUCGUCGACUAACUUUCAAGGAAUAAAAUGUUCUACUCAGUUUGUAUAUUCAGUGUUGUAGUGUUUGGAUUUAGUGCAGCAGAAGAAUUCCCACUUCCACCUCUAACCAUCUGUGAACAGAAUUCAACUAAUUACUUCAAUUGCUUAAAACUUGCGAUACAGGAAGCAUGGCCACAAUUUGUUAAAGGACUUCCAGAAUUCGAUUUUCCACCUCUGGAUCCGAUAACUUAUGAAUUCGGUGAAGCUACGUUUGAUGUAGGUAUGGUACAUGGAGACAUAAAAAUAUCAAACUUCACUAGUAAGGGUUUAGCAAAAACUCGUUUCAUUGGUGUGAGAACGCAUUUUCUUAAUAACAAUUUCCGUUUGGAAAUUGACGUACAAAUACCAAAAAUAGCUGGAACUGGUAAAUGUGACGCAGUAGGUACUAUAGGAGGAAUAAGAAUGGGUGGCAAAGGGCACUUCAACAUAACUAUGGAAGAUCUCCAAGGAGCGUGGAUUUUACAAGGCCAGGUCGCAAAUGAUAGAUGGACUGUGGAACAUGUUCAUGUAACUCCUUCAGUCAAAAAAAUGCAGCUGUAUUUUGACGAUUUCUUUGACGGCAAUAAAGAGCUCAAUGAUCUUGCCAUGAUGUUUGCAAACGAAUACUGGCCGCCAAUAUAUCGUGCAAUGUUGCCAAUAACAUCCGAAGCAUGGGAUCCAUGGUUGUGUGAUUUGGUCAAUCGCUUCUUUUCGAAAGUUUCUUUUACGAAAAUAUUUCCAUAAUUCCAUAUUUAUAUAUUUUUUAAAAAUAUUUAUUAAUAAAAAAAUUAAUUUA